AUGCAAACCGCUCAACACAUGGAAAAGAUCAUUAUCAAAAUUCCCGACAACCCCUCUCAACUCGCCGUCUCUAAAUAUGAGUCCCCUCUGUCGCUUUCGCCGGAUGUGUCGUACCUCAUUGUCGGCGGCCUUGGAGGCCUGGGCCGGGCUAUAUCUAGAUGGAUGGUUAAGCAGGGCGCAAAAAGCCUAGUCUUCCUGUCACGAUCAACAGAACUGACUCCAAUACGUAAGUCUUUCAUUGAAGAGCUCCAAAUCAUGGGAUGUACCAUACAUACUGUGACUGAGAGUGUUGUGAGCGCCGAGGAUAUACAGAAAGCCAUCGACCUCUGCCCAAAGCCACUUGCUGGCAUCAUCCAAUUGGCCAUCUCUCUGAAGCAUGGCAUGAUUCUCUCGCCCCCCAAAGUCACCGGGACAUGGAAUCUGUAUCAAGCCACUCGCGAAAAUAAGUUGGAUUUCUGUGCGAUGUUUGGCUCUAUUGUCUCUGCUUGUGGAAACCCCGGACAGAGUAAUUAUGCCGCGGCAAAUUCCUUUCUCGAGUCAUUUACUUCAUACGCACGAGCGACCGGCUACCCAGCCGCUGUGAUUCAACUCGGAGCGAUGGGAGACAUUGGGUUUGUGAGUGAAAGUCCAGAGCUUCAGAGAAGAUUAUGUGAUCUUCUUCUUCAACCAUUGAGGGAAAGGGACCUUAUCCAAAGCCUGGAUGUUGCAAUCAGACAGGCGCGACUUGUUCGAACGUUUGACGAGCAGCAGAACAUGGGCUCACUCUCCAUUGGAUUACAGCCCAUGACUAGAAGUGUUCGAGUAACUACCUAUCAGAGCGACCGUCGAUUUGCCCUUUACGAUCGUUCCGGGAUGGAAUCCGAUCGGCAUGGGGCUUCUGAUCUGCGUCGGAUGAAUCAAUUUCUGUCUAAGGUAGAGCGAGAGCCUUCUAUCUUGGAUCUCCAAUCAUCGUUGGACCUGCUCAUUGAAGAGAUUGCUCGCUUGAUACACGCAGAAGAAGACCACGACGAAUCACUUCAAGCAGCUGCGGAGAUUAUCAUUGACUCCCUGAUGACGAACGAGAUUCGAAAUUGGUUACGGAAAAAGAUUGGUGUUGAUGUCCCCACUUUGCAGAUUACCAAGGCCAGGGAUGUGGGAGGGCUUGCGUUGCUUGUUAUCAAAGUUCUGAAGGAGAAGUAUAGCGAGGGUGGUACAACCGAGAAGUAG